UUUUAAAUCAUCUUCAAGAUGGCUACCAUUGUUGCAUUUGCAUCUCCUUUUCCUCCACCUUGUACCUCCAAACUCUCCCACGUAGCUCCCAAUGUUCCUCUCGGGUACCAAAAGACCCAUAUCGCCUUCCACAAAACCAACUCUUCUAGCUCCACCCGAAACCUUUCUUCCUCCUUUGAACGAUCACGAAUUCGUGUCAAAAUCUUCUCCUUGUCAUCAUCAUCCAAAGACGAUAACAAUAACAGUGGCACUGGCACUGGCACUGGCAGCAACAACAAAAGUGUUAACGACGAUGUUGAUGGCCAUAUGAAUUCUGACGUUUCCAGUGGUGAUGAGUUCAGUCUCUUCGGAAAGCAAACCCACGAUCAGAUUCCUUGCUUCGAUGGCAAUAUCUAUUGAUGGAUGCAUUGUUUGAUCAGCAAGCCAUCCAUGGCUUCUUCAAGCACUUGAUGACGAGUUUGGGAGACAAUGUUGAGUUUGUGGUGAAACCCACUUUGCGACAUGGAAUCAAUGUUGGCUUCACCUGGAAAUUUCAAUGGAGCAAGACACAUUUUCCUCUUGGAGAAGGUUUAAACCUCUACAUUCUCCAAACCUACCAGGGCAAGUUUUUUAUAAGGAACCUUGAGAUGCUUGUGGAAGUACUACCCCUUAACAUCGAGCCAAUAAGAUUGAGAUUUGUGGCAUUCGUGAUGGGUAUACUAAACAUGAUGAAAGGUUUAAACCUUUAUCGAUACAACAUGAAACGAGCCAUGGUGUAUUUACUUUUGAUGGCGAUUGUCUUAUUGUAUUUAAGUUCAGAGAUUUACUAAAUGGUAUGUAUCAACUACAACACUUAGAUUGAAGAUAAGGUUGACAUUCCAAUGCAAAAUUCAUGUUUGUUUAGAC